UUGAUGUGUCUCAUUAUAACAGCCAAUGCAGCCGCCAUCCACGCACAAGCAAAGAAGCAUGUCCCAUUUAAAUACACCCACGCAGCCCCAGCGCCCUUAGCCGAUCAGGGCGCGCAGCCCACACGCACCGCGGCUCCAGGGCUUGGAGAUCCGCUCAGGUUGGGCUCCCGGACCCGGAGGACCGACGCGCGGAGGAUCGCGAUCUGGCGCUGUGGGAGCCGGGGUGGGCGGAGGAGGCUGGGCCCCGGGCCUCUGGCGCGACAGCCGCAUGAGGACGCGAGUGAAAUAGACCAAGGUGGAAUUUCCAAGGGAAUAGCUUCGGGGUGA